AUGGUUCGCAAGACAUUCAAACGCCGUCCCAAGCCUGAGGCUCAGGGCCAGCCAGCGGCAGUCCUCCGGAACAGGGCCAGGACUAUCCAGAAUCCGAUUCGAUACGUCGGAUCUCUCAUUGGCGCCUCCAACAGUCGGGUUGCAGUGCUGCGCCUGCUCCACAUGCUACUCUUGGUCGCCCUGGUGGUCCUGAUCGCACUGCUGGCUCGCUAUGUUCACGCGUUGACGGAUAAAGUCCAAAGCUCGCUGUUCGGUUUCGUCCCUAUCCAAUCUUUACCAUUCCAGACACACCACCAGCAGGUAACCAUUCUUCAUCCUCAUCCUGCAGCCAAGCUGGUCACUACCAUGCCUCGCAAUUCGAUCCGCCGCACCAUGGUUGAGGACCACGACGAGCCAGCGGAUCCCGCUCCUCCGCAGUCCUCCGGCCGUCCCGCCGAGAUGGCUCGCAGCCUUGCACGCCCCCGUCAGAUGUCGGUUGUUGCCGACGAGCAGGACAACGGCAACGGCAACGCCCUCAUCGCGCAGCAGACGAGCCCCUGGGCCAUGGCCGCUAACAGCUCCUCCGAGCGUCUCGCGCAUCACGGUCUUUAUGCCGCGAAUCACACGAUGGCUUGUCUUAGGGAUGUCAUUGGCGACUUUCUCAGAUCCUCAGACCAGGUCGUCUUCGUUCUUACCGGAACUUUCGGCAUCCUCGUCCUUGCAUUCAUGGUCCUGUGCUAUCUGAUCUGCAACAUGUUUCGCAGCGGUUGA